UGAAACUUUACUGAGACUCUUUUUGCACACAGCUGAUCCACCCAAAGCCCCGCCAUACUGUGCGCGGCUGUGGCCGUGCUAAGCUGAACUGCUUAUGCCUCCAAAAAGUUUGCCGAAGUACACAAUCAGGGUGGGCCUCAUUUGGCUCGUCCCGGUGGGUACUUUGGUGCUGGGCUGCUUUCAUUGGACGCCUCUUCUGUUGGCCUUGCUGCUGACGCCGCUGGAGGUUCCAAAGGUGAGGAGCCGGCUUUUCGGCGGCCGCGCAAAGAAGCUGCUGCCGUGUUUAAAGGUGCCAGCCUUGCUGCGUUUGUCCCUGCUCUGGGUACUUCAGGUUUGGUUCAUCAUUCUUUGGAGGGCGAACGCACCAAACUCUGACGCGCAGUCACCAGAAGCAUCCAGUGAAGACUUAGAAGCUUUGAGAAUAUCUGUGGUGUUGCCUUGUGCCGGUGAGGGCCUCUAUGCUCUGAACACCGUCCGGGCGGUCUACGAGUCCCUGCCGCCGGGUGUGCUCCAUGAGAUCAUCGUCGUAGACGAUGGGACGGAGCCACCUUUGUCGCAGAGCUUUUUGACGCCGGAUGUGCUGGAGAAGUUUCAGGUGACCAUUCUUCGGCAUGCUGAGACAGUUGGCCUGAUCGGUGCCAAGAAGGGCGGUGGGGAUGCAGCCACUGGCGACAUUAUCGUUUUCUUUGAUUGUCAUGUAGCUCCUCAGCCUGGCUGGCACGAGUCCUUCGUCAGGCUGAUCGGUGAAAAUUAUCGCCGGAUCGUCACCCCGGUCAUCACAGACCUGGAUGUCGGGACUUGGCAGCAGCGUGGAACUGGUGGGCAGGCAAAAUGCUACCUCACCUGGGACGCAGACUUCAAGUGGUUUGAGUCGGAAGAUCCGUACGUGCCGAUUUUGUCCGGAGGUCUUCUUGGAAUCAGCAAACGCUGGUGGAAUGAGACCGGAGGCUACGACGUACAAAUGGUUGGCUGGGGCGGUGAAAAUCUUGACCAGUCCUUGAGGAGUUGGCUUUGCGGCGGUGAGAUCAUGAUGGCGAAGGAUUCUUUCGUUGCACACAUGUGGCGCAAACCUGACGAUCCACGCACACGGGCGAAGUACACCUUGAAAGCAGGUGCGGCCAAUCGGAACCGCUUGCGUGCAGCCGUGGCUUGGUUUGGCGAGUUUUCAGAAAAACUCUCCUCCUUCCCCAGUCUGCAGUCUGAGCGACGAAAUGCCGAUGGCACUCCUUGGUACGGGGAUUUGAGCAACAUUUUGGAGGUCAAGAACCGGCUGAAGUGCAAAUCCUUCGCUUGGUUCAUGCAUCGGUUCAAGCAUGUCUACGAGGAUGGAGGACUGAUUCCCAAAGAGACUUUCACCCUGAAGGACGCUUCACAUAGUGAUAUGUGCCUCACCUAUGAGGGAUCUGCAGGGACUAGCCCGAAUGGGCGGGGCACAGCAGUUCUUGCACCUUGUCACGGUGGCGAGAGACAACGUUGGCAUGGUGCCAAUCGCUUUGACAAGGGUGAGUGCUGUAGCGGACUUCGUGCUUGGAACACAGACCAAUGCGUGACCGGGGUUCUUGAUGGAAAGGUUUCGACCUUUGUUUGUGAUGUAUCUGGCCAAAAUGCUCAUCAGGCAUGGCAGUUGGAUUCUGGACAGCUGAAACAACGCAGUGGAGGCUUCAUGCAGAGUGACUGCGUGACUCCUGCAGAUGGCAGCCUCAAGGUGCGGCGGUGUAGUGGGGCUUCAUGGCUUCAGGACGACGUGCUUGAGCCGAUAGAGUCCAAUCUGUACAAGAAGGCUCUGGCUGAACUUCAGCUAUGAUAAAA